UUAUAUUUUAUACAAAUAUUUAUGAAAGAGAAAUGUAUCAGUAUGUUUGAUAUUUAUAAUUAUUUAUUUAACUAAGAUGUCUCAAAUCAAUCAAGGACAGAAGGUAGACACAGCAGAUAUUUUGGCAAGAUAUCAAAUCAUAUCAAACAAAAUUAAAAAACGUUUUCUAAGAAAGCCUAAUAUUACAGAAGCCAAUGAUCAAUUUUGUGCUUUGGCUGUUGAAUGCGAACAAAAAGAAUUAUGGCAAUAUGCAGGCUUAUGUUAUUUAGCAGCAGCUAGAUGUCAUGGAACGUUAAAAAAUGCUUCUUCUGAAAUAAGCUUGCUAAUUAAAGCUGGUAGGCAGUUUUUAACUGCGGAAAAAAAAAAUAAUGAUAUCGGUUGUCCAUCAUUAGGACAAGAAAAUAUGGUGACAGCAGUCAGCUGUUUUCGUCAUUCCUCAUUGCGUUGUAGCAAUCAAAUGGGAUUUAAUACAUUAUCUGCAGGACUAGCAAUAGAAUUAGCAUUAUCAUUAGGUGCCAAUUCAGCUGGAAUUCAACAAUUACGAAAAUCGAUUGAUACUUUUCCAACUCCAAAAGGUGUUAAUACUUUGAUUUCUUAUUAUAUCGAACAAGGUGAUCAUGUUGCUGCUUUAAAUGUUCUUAAUGAAUUUGUCGAAUUUGUAAAAACUUACAUUAAUAUCGGUAUAAGAAGCAAUUACAAUGUUAUUUUACGUCGAUGCGAAAUAACAAGAGUUCUUUUACUUUUAAUUCUCCAACCAUCACCUAAAAGGCUAGCACCGUCAUUGGUGCAAGUUUUAGAGAAGUAUACGUGGGUUGAGGAAGGUACAAACAAUGGUCUUGAUAUGAGCGAGGAUGAACUUUUAUUACUGCAAUCAUUGGUACUUGCUUGUCAAUCACGCGAUUUUCAAGUAUUAUUUGAAUUAGAAGGUGAAUUAUGGCCAUAUUUCAAUGCAGAACAAAAGGAAUUAUUGCAUAAAUUAAUUAAAGUAUUGACAUUACAGUAAAUAUGUGAUAAUUGUAUAUAUAUAUAAAUAUAUUUAUAAAUCAAUUAA